CAAUACCACGGCCGGACCAUCGGCAGGAGGACCCCUCCGCUGGAGUGGAGGAUUGUCGGGACGACUACCAUGGAAUGCCACGGCCGGACCAUCGGCAGGAGGACCCCUCCGCUGGAGCGGAGGAUGAUCGGGAGGACUACCCAAACAAUACCAUGGCCGGACUAUCGGCAGGAGGACCCCUCCGCUGGAGUGGAGGAUGAUCGGGAUGACUACCGUGGAAUGCCACGGCCGGACCAUCGGCAGGAGGACCCCUCCGCUGGAGCGGAGGAUGAUGCGGACGACUACCAAGUAGUACCACGGCCGGACCAUCGGCAGGAGGACCCCUCCGCUGGAGCGGAGGAUGAUCGGGAGGACUACCCAAACAAUACCAUGGCCGGACCAUCGGCAGGAGGACCCCUCCGCUGGAGUGGAGGAUGAUCGGGAUGACUACCGUGGAAUGCCCCGGCCGGACCAUCGGCAGGAGGACCCCUCCGCUGGAGCGGAGGAUGAUCGGGAGGACUACCCAAACAAUACCAUGGCCGGACCAUCGGCAGGAG